AGGUGGUGCUGCAAUCGGAAGCGUGAACAACUUCCAGUUGGCGGUGAACUUUUACAGGCGACGUGUUCUCUGAAAUAUCAGCUGCUGGAGUGAUUGAUCAGCAGUAUUCAUCAUGGGUUCACUCAUUUCCAGAUUUCGAAAGAAGCCAACAACUUUUGAGGUUCUUGAAAAACUGGAAAAAGAAAUUGAAGCACUUCAGAAGUUCCGCCGCGACAAUGUCCUGAAACAGAAGAGCUUUAUCACCAAGUUGAUGCUCUACUCCAUAUUGCUGUACAUUGUGACCGCCAUUGUUUUCUACUUCUAUUUCUUUCCCAACAACUGGACCGAUCGACUUCUCUACUCCUCACCGUUACUCAUCUUUCCAGUGCUAGUUUGGAUAAUAAGAAAAUUUUUACACUGGUUCUUUGUCAAAAGAAUUGCUAAAAAUGACCUAGCAUUACAAGAUUUGAAAGAAAAAAGAAAGAAAAUUUUGGAAGAUGUCAUGGAGACAGAGACCUAUAAAAAGGCCAAAGAAAUUUUAGAGAGGUUCGACCCAGAGAGAUUUAAAGAAUUACAGACACCUGCUCCAUCAACUCCCAAAGCUCCCUCACCUGGAUCAGAUAUGCGGCAGCGUAUCAAUACACGCAUGGCCACCGUUGGUCCAACUGGAGGGACACAACCUAGACCAUCUACUCCCUACCCCAGGGCCAAGACUCCAUAUCAACGCACCCCAGGGAUGGGCCAACCCCUGCCAAAACCAUACACCACCCCAAAUAUACCAGGACAGAUCAGACCAAGAAUGUUGGCUACCCCACAGCAAGGUCCACCCUCAAGUGGGCCUCCAGCCAUGGCCCGGCCCAUACCCCCACGAGAUCGGACCAAAAUGGACAGGGUUCUGGAGUACCUGCUGGGUGAUGGACCACAACACAAAUACGCACUUAUCUGUCAGAAAUGUGCCUCGCACAACGGCAUGGCUCUGAAAGAGGAGUUUGAAUAUAUUGCUUUUAGGUGCGCAUACUGCAGAUCUUUGAAUCCCGCGAGGAAAGAGCGACCCACUGCACCAAAGCUAGAAUGUGAUUCACCGCAGCCUGCUAGAAAGUCUUUAUCAACUACAGGUAUUGAUGAGGAAGAAGAAUCAGAAGAGAGCUCAACUGAAUCCAUAGAGGGAGAAGAGGAGGACAAGUCUGCCAAUUCUACCUCCUCUACUAGAGAGUCCACUCAGGAAAUGAAGGUGACUUCCACCAGUGUAUUGAGGGAGGAUGAAGAGGAAGAGGAAGAGAAUGGCGAUGAGUCAAUGGAGACAGAUCAAAACAUUCCAGCUCAGCCUCAGCUGUCAGAUAACUCAGAACCAGACGAUUUUCAGCAUGUUGACCCACUGAAAGAUUUACAGGAGGAGAAAACAUGACAAUGUAUAGCUGAUAAGGUAUAGGUUACUUUGAAUUGCAUAGGGCAGGUUUGGUUUACAUAUAUAUCUUGUCAUAAUACAUCUUACCCAUUGUAUUUUGAUUUUGUCUUCCAUUCUACUUAACCAUGUCAGCAAGAAUUUUUUUUUUUCAAGAAUAUGUUUAUAGUUUGGAAGUCUAUGUAUAUACGACCAAAGAAUCAUCUUCACUAAUAUAUGGGAAUCUUAUUUUCUGUCUAACUGAACUUUUAGGAGAAGAAAAUUGCCAUUUUUUUUCCACUUUACUAGUUACAUUUACUAGUCAAAGUAUAUUAAAAAUUUUAAGACUGCUUGUUACUAUAAAAGUGAUUGACUUUAAAAACUUUUGUGAAUGGAUGUCAUAUUUCUAAUGUAAUGAAACUUCAAGUUCUAUAUUCUUUAUGUAUAAUAAUCUUUUUUUAAUGCUUUAUCUGGAAUAUAAUACUCUUAAAUUUAAUUUUACCAUGAAAAAACCCCCCAAAACUGACCUGAAAUGAAGAAUAUUUAAUGUGAGUCUGUAAUACUUUAGUGGCUCUGGUUAUGUAAUUAUAAAUCACCAGACUGAUAAAUGUUAAUUGUUCGUUUGUCAACCAUUUGUGUUCCAUAUUAAGUGUCUUGAAUAACUGUUGUGCUGUAAAUUAUUUAUUUGUAUGCCCUAUUUGGGUGGUAUGAUUUCUGUGUUUAUGUAGGGGGCUACAUGUACUCUGUAGUCAGUUUGAAUUUGUUGAGAUUUAUUUGAUUUUUGAAGUCAUGUGUUUUGUCUAGAUUUACUUUCAAUUUUCAGGGAAGUGGAUAUUAAUUUGCAGCUAUUAAUAGACUGGCUGCAAUAAUGUAACCCUCUCACAGAAAAAAAAAGAUUUUAGAGGCCUACAUUAUUUGCAGACACUAAUUGACCAUUGAGUUUUUUCCUAAUUUUUUUUAUACAGUGUAAUAAUGCAGCAUGCUUGACAUUUUAAAAAAAAAAUAUGUUCUGCAAAAUAUAAAUAGUAUAUGUAAUUUUAACCAGCCUGAGUUUCAAACAAUGUUUGCCUAAGCUGGUUUUGUGUAAUACCAUCGGAUAUAAUUAAAUUUUAAUGUGCUAAAAGUCAUUGCUUUCGAUACACAACCUGUUUAUUGAAUCAUCAGUUUAGGUUAAGCAUUUGAACAUGUACAUCUGCCAAAUGUGUGGAGCUAGAUCUAUGUUUACAGCACCACACACCUAAUGUUGUGUUUUGUUAAUGUGUACAUUUUUGUUUCUAAAAAAACAAUUUGAAAUAUUCAGGAUUGACACUUUAAUAUCACUUUUGAUAGAAUAACUUUUCACUUUGAAAAACCAGAUGCACAGUUUAGUUUUCUAUUUUACAAACAAACAGCUUCAAUUUUAAAAAAAAUUCUAUGUCUUUAGUUUCAAAAUGGUAAUAUUUUGAUGCUACAUUUUCUUCCAACAAUAUGUACUUUUGAUUUUACCUGCUGUGUUCAACUCAUAGAAUUGUUGCCCUUGAAAUUAUUCUGCAGUAUGCAAAUUUGAUGAUGUAAUACACAAUGAAUGAUGGGAUUUCGUAGUUACAUGCACCAAUAUCAUAGAUGUACAUGUUCAAAUGUUUAUCCUCUCUUCAUUGAUGAGAAUGGUGCUUAAAUGAUACCAAAUGAAAUAUGCAUAAUUUUGUUAUAAAUCAUAAUACAUGUACAGGGUUGUCUGUAACCUAUAUAUUGCCUUAAUUACUCGGCUAUUUUUCAAACACAAUGUAGCUAAGCAAGACCCCCAGACCCCCUUCUACUUUUUCAUUUCCUCCUUCUUCAAUUUUUAGAGACAACCCUGCAUGUAUAUGAAUGCAUGUACAGUUAUAACCAUCCAUUUUACAAGCCAUUUUAUCAAUUGUUUAACAAUCACAUUGUUGUUGAUGAACUCAAGAUAUUCCUUUGUUUCCAGUACUUUGAUAAGAAAAACCAAUAUGGGUAAACAUCUUUUAUUACAUGUAAUACUUUUUAUCUUAAAUCAAAAAAUAUGUAGCAGGAAAAUGCUUAAAUUUGUGUUCAUUGGUUAUUAAGUCCUCAAAUAUUACAAUUGCUAUGUUAUAAUCAAAGUGUGCAAGGGGAGCAAAACUUGUUAUUUGCUUGUUUCCAUAAACAAAUACAUGUAAUUUACAUGAGACCAUUAAUAUAUGUACUUCUUAAUUUUCACAUUUAAUUUUGAUAAUUUUCAGUAAUAAAUUGGAAUUCCUGGUGUAAAAGCAAAAAACUUAUAUAACAAAGAACAAUUUUUUUUAAAAAUUCACCAAUUUUGAAUUGAGGCAUGAAAUAAAGUUUGAUGGGAAACCUAUUGCAUGUAUGUGUAAGAUAAAUAUCUGGAUUUACAGAGCAUUGUCUAAGUAUUUAUUUUAAGUUCAAGAUGAUGCAUUAAGCUGAAAUGUGUUAUUUUCAAAAUAGAUUUACAAAAUGUAAGAAGUGCUUGCAGGAUAUUUGAAGAUGACUUUUGUUCAGCAUAAUGAAAUCUUUUAUGGUUGCAAAAUGUAGAGAAGUAGAGGAAACUUGAUUCCAAUUGUGUGAUAGUUGUCUGCUGGUUUGAGAGCAUUUGUUGUGUUAAUAUUCUGAUUCCAAUACUGUAAUAUACUAACUUAUUUAUACAUCAUUUUGUUGUGUGCUAUAUGCCCAUUGUGUGCCAAUUUUGUUAACAUUUGUAGUGCAUUCCUGUAUGGUUAAUCUUGUCUAUUCUGUAAAGGUCGAUUCUUUAUCUUAUCUUGUCUAGUUUGUAAUUUGUCAUUUUCAUCAAUUUUGUCUAUUUUGUUGUUAUCAAUGUCUUUUAUUUAAGUUGUUGAAUCGGUAGCUUUUUCCUUUGAAACUUGUCUAUUCCGGCAAUAUUUAAUCAAUAUGGCUUUUCAUAUCUGAAACUUGUUUAGCUUGUUUUUCUUACGACUGUAUACAGGGUUAUUUUUGCCCCGUGUUAUUUUUGCCCCUCUACACUUGCAAACGAUUUCACCCGUCUUGAAUGUGCCCAGACACAGUUGUACAUGUACUAAAAAGGAUAUACUGAGGAAUCAUCAUCAUUUGUGGGGGACCAAUGAAUUUACAUCCCCACGAACCUUUACACAAUCAUUAGUUUGGUAUUUAUUAAAAUUAUCCCGAUUACACUACCAACGAAAUUACGUGUCCAUGAACCAGGAAAAUCUUGGCUACCCAUAAACAUUGACCCCCAGGAAUUAAAACUGAUUCCAAAGUCAAAUAAAAAUUUGAAUUCGCCCAGUCUUAAAUUUGCCCACUGACAACGAGGGCUAAAGAGGCGAAAAUAAAAUGAGAGCAAAUAUUUCCCUGUAUACAGAAUCGAUAAAGGUGAAGUUUGAAGGAAUUAUUUAUCAAAAGUUCAGACAAAUGACAUUAAAAAUGAAUGUAAUUUAUUCAGUAUGGUAAAUUAAUGUAAUGAACAUCCACUUUAUUUCUGGGUUCAGUUCAGUCCCAAUAUUAUCACCUCAAAAUGCAUUAUGAUUGUUCAGAAUGAUCGAAUAUUUUGACAGAGAGUGUUAUCCUCUGACUGAUGUUAUUAGGUAGUGGGAUUUUGUUGUAAUAUAUAGACAUUUAGUCAUUUUAAAUUACAUGUUGCUUGAUCUUAAUUCAUAUAACAGCUAGGUAUAUGUGUGAUGCAACUUUUCCUAUGUUGCUGUCCAUUAACCAUUUUGUUUCCAAUUGAAAACUUGAAAUUUACUCUAUAUGAAUUUAUUUGAUAUUAAAUUGUUGAACAUUUA